UGACGUUUUGUACAUCACCGAACGUGAUAUAAGUUGCGAUCACCCGCGCCUUGUUCCUUCAGUUUCAGUCAUUAUCUAUGGAGACUUGAAGCAUAAUCUCCAACCCUUCUCACUUAUUCUGCGCGAGUCGCUCGCUCUACCAUUUACGCGCAAGCCAUUACCAACUGCACCUUUCCGCGUCCCCACGCCAACUCUCCAGCUUCCCGUUUUCCCCGCGUCUUUCCUCCAGAGCUACGGUUGCGAAUAGUAGCAAUUCACAAUGGCGCGCACCAAGCCUGCAACGCCCAUCCGGCGCACACCCUCCGAGACCCACGCGCAAAACGGCUCCGCGCAUAAGCAAGCCAACGGUUUCCCGCGCCACCGGCGCAACAGCGUGACGGAAGUAAUCGAGAGGGGAUUAGAACAGGUGGCCGAGGCCGCGGCGCGAGACCCGCAGGAGCAGAAGCAGGCGGGGCUGCUGGCGCUAGCUGUGUGUGUGGGUGGCAUCUACGCUAGCUUUCUGAGCUGGGCAUACCUCCAAGAACGUAUCACCACGACAGCAUACGGUCCCGAGCACUCUCGCUUCACAUACUCGAUCUUCCUCAACACCAUCCAAUCCGCCUUUGCUGCCUGCACCGGCGCCAUCUACCUCUUCUCCUCCUCCCCACGAGAUCCCAAAACUGGCGCCAAAAAGGUCCCCCCGAUCUUCCCCUCCAAGCAGAUCCUCUUCCCGCUCCUCCUAAUCGCCAUAACCUCCUCUCUGGCCUCACCUUUCGGCUACGCGAGCUUGAAACACAUUGACUAUGUUACUUUCAUCCUGGCGAAGAGCUGUAAAUUGCUCCCCGUUAUGUUCCUCCACAUCUCGCUCUUCCAGAAACGGUACCCGAUAUACAAAUACCUCGUCAUCCUCUGCGUAACGCUCGGCGUCGCCAUCUUCACCCUACACAACCCAUCGACUGCGAAGAAGGCCGCUAAGAAAGGCGUAAACGCCGACGCCAGCAUGACUUUAGGUCUCUUCCUGCUGGGCGUUAAUCUGCUCUUUGAUGGGCUGACGAAUACUGUCCAAGAUCAGAUCUUCACAUCUUUCAAGGGAUUCACUGGCCCGCAAAUGAUGUGCGCGCAGAACAUAAUGUCCACCGCGCUUACAGUCUUCUACCUUCUACUUUCCCCGUACAUCGCCGCCACCCCUCUUGGCUCCUGGCUCGGCCUAUCCAACGGCUCCAAUCCCGGCGAACUCCGGGAAGCCAUCGCCUUUUGCACCACGCACCCUGCCGUCGGGUGGGAUGUGCUCUCAUUCGCAGCCUGCGGCGCCAUCGGCCAAGUUUUUAUUUUCCACACGCUGGCGCACUUUUCAAGUCUGCUGCUGGUUACCGUAACAGUGACGAGGAAGAUGCUGACUAUGCUGAUGAGUGUGGUGCUCUUUGGUCACCGCGUUACGCAGAUGCAGUGGCUCGGUGUGGGGCUGGUGUUUGGAGGUAUUGGGGCGGAGGCUUGGUAUCAAAGGGUGGAGAAGAAGGCAAAAAUGGAGGCUAAGAAGAGGGAGGCGAUGGGGAAACGUCAGUAAAGAAGGAAAGGAGAAGGGGAUGAGGGAUGAGAGAUGGGGGGUGGGAUGCAUUUAGAGGCAUACCACGUGGGAAAUUUACUGCAUAGAAAAGGAAUGAAGGAUACCCUGGCGUUAAUUGCUGAAACGGAAAGCGAAGUCGCUAAAUGGUUCUCUUAUAAUUCCCACACCUAUUUCUUCCUUUCUUUAUCCCUUCCUUCCUUCCCUAGCGCGCAGCACCAACGACAUACUAAUACCCGAGUCUUACUCCCCAUCUUCGCCCUCUCGUGUCAAUUCCCAGCCCCCUCUGGUCUUCGUGCUACACUAGCCCAAUAUCCUCGUAGCAACUGCACACUUCCUUC